AUGCAGUCAAUAAACUUAUCUCACAAUCGGUGGGGAUCUCAGGCGUUCCAAGAUGUCGGGAAGCCGACCCAAUUUAGCAUAUUUUAUGUGGAAAAUCAGUACAAUAUUUGACUUUUCUCAGGGUGCCCACUGUUACAAGGAGUUGACAAAACAAUCAAAACUGUGCAUGAUACAAUCUUCUUCUAUCGAUUAAAUAUAUAUAAAUAUAUAUGAAAUAAAUAGAGCCUACUUGCUACCGUCGAGUAUAGAUGGGUCCUAGCAGAGCUCUCAGAGCCCCGGCGUGAAAGGGACCCCGGUGGCCGGAAUCCACGAGUUACCCCCCAGGAAGCUCCCCACGGUGAACUUCCCGGCCUCCGCCGCGCUGGUGAUCACGCGGUACCCGCCCCACUUCACGCGGCCGCCUGUGCCGGCGCCGGCGCCGGUGUUUUUGUACUCUCCGUAGUAGAGCGUCUUCAGGGCGAAGCUCCCGCUCCACUCGAGCCACCCCGCCGGAGCGAUGAGCCCGUCCAGGGUGCACUGCAUGAACACGGUGCGCGAGUACUCCCUCCAUGGCCGGCCUAGGAAGGUCUUGAAGGAACUCUGCACCGGCUUCAGGUCAGACGCCGCCGUCACCUUCGAAUUGUGGACGGAGAUGCCGGUGUUCUCGUUGGGGUCCGAUCGGCCCUGCGCCGUGAUGGUAUUCUUCUGGUUGCUCAUCGGCUUCCGCACGUAGAUGUUGCAGUUCUGGAGGACGGCCACGGCGUCGCCGAAAAUGAAGUCGACGGUGCCGUAGAUGUCGCAGUCGCGGUAGAACUGGCGCUGGGAGUGCACGUAGAGCGUGUCCUGGUAGCCCUUGAAGCUGCAGCGGUAGAAGACGGAGAGGUCCGCGCCGGAGCGGAGCGCUACCGCCUGGUGCUUCGCCGCCCCCGCCGUGUUCUCGAAGGUGAUGUCCUUCGCGAUGAACCCGUCUCCGACGACGGCUGA